CGAGCUGGGGGGGCCUGCUGGAAAUGCGGUGCUGGAGCUGAGCCCAGCGCCCCAGGGCUCUCCCCAGCGCUGGGGAGCAGGACUGGCCCCAACACCCCAGGGUCUGCAGCCCUCCCUGCGCUGUUCCAGCUCCCCCAAGUUCCCCCACCCCCUGAGAGUGUCCAGAGACCGGGACAGCUCAGAAAGUGCCUCCUCUGAGCGGCCCUGCUUCUCUCGCGUGUGUCCUUCGCCAGUGGCAGCGUGCGGGGGCGGCUGGGUGACUCUGUGCAGGAGACGGGGCAGCGCCUGGGGCACAGCACUGGGCUCAGCUUGCGCAAGGCACGAGGGGUCUCACCCCUUCCUGUGAGGCGCUGGCGCUCUCAGAGAGGAGAGAGCAGGCGAGGUCUGGCAGCCCCGCACUGCCUGGGGCCAGCCCUUCAGCUGGGGGGGGAAGGCAUCUGUACUGGGCCCAGGUGAGGUGCUUCGGGGCAGGGGGUGCAGUUUGAGGCCAGUCGCCUGGACACUUUUCCAUUAAGAGCUUGAAAAGAAAAUCCUCUUCCCUGGCUUCUCGUCCGCCCCCUCCCAGCCCCAGCACUGGGGCACGCGGGCAGGGGGAGAGAGCAGCUAAGGGUAUUUCGGCUCUCAUUCGAUCUCUGCCAACCUGGGCAGGUGCCUUGCUGGGUGGAUUUGUUGCCUGCAGCCACAGCCCUUGGACUCAAGAGACUUUAGGGCCGUGAUCAUCUUGGCUGAUCUCCUACACAUGGCAGGCCACAGAACCUCACCCCCCUACUCCUGUGAUAGGCCCAGAGCCUCUGGCUGAGUCACUGACAUCCUCAAAUCAUGGUUUAAAGACUUCACAUGACAGAGACUCCACCAUUCACACAAGUUCAAACCAGCAAGUGACCUGGGCCCCAGGCGAACCCCCCACCACCCAGGGUCUCUGCUAAUCUGAGCUGGGGGAAAUUCCUUCCCCGCCCUAAAUCCAGAGAUCAGUUACUGGCCGCAGGCGGGAUGGCAGCGCUGUGGAGGUCGUACCAGCGGCUCAUGGCCCAGCACCCCUGGAAAGUGCAGAUCCUCACAGCUGGGUCCCUGGUGGGAGUCGGAGACGUGAUCUCUCAGCAGCUGGUGGAAAGAAGGGGCCUGAGUGGGCACCGCAGUGGCAGGACGCUGAAGAUGAUGGCCAUUGGCUUCUGCUUUGUGGGCCCUGUGGUGGGAGGCUGGUACCAGCUCCUGGAUCGACUUCUCCCGGGAACCACCAAGAUGGUGGCGUUGAAGAAGAUGGCGCUGGAUCAGGGGGGGUUUGCACCUUGCUUCCUGGGCUGUUUCUUGGCCAUCGCCGGGGCACUCAACGGCCUGUCCGCCGAGGAGAACUGGGCCAAGAUCCGACGGGAUUACCCGGACGCGCUGCUCACCAACUAUUACCUCUGGCCAGCUGUGCAGAUUGCCAACUUCUACUUCAUCCCCCUGAACCACAGGCUGGCUGUCGUGCAGGUGGUGGCUGUCGUCUGGAAUUCCUACCUGUCCUGGAAGGCGAACCAGCUGUGAGGCCAUGGGGCCGGCACCCCUCCCAUCCCCCCACCCAGCCUUCCCCCCAUGCCGCACCCUCCUCUGUGACUGCCAUAGUGAAUGGCCAUGGAGACAGCCCCCAUUCUCUUCCCCCCAAUGCCACACAUUCCCCUGUGACUGCCAUAGAGAAUGGCUGUGGGGCUGGCCCCCCUUCCUGUGCCCCCACCCAGCUACAGGGCCCCCCCAUCCACCCCCUCUGUGACUGCCAUAGAGAAUGGCCGUGGGGCCGGCCCCCCCUUCCUGUGCCCCCCACCCAGCUACAGGGCCCCCCAUGCCACCCCCUCUGCGACUGCCAUAGUGAAUGGCCAUGGAGACCGCCCCCAGUCUCGUCCCCCCCAGGCCACACAUUCCCCUGUGACUGCCAUAGAGAAUGGCUGUGGGGCUGGCCCCCCCUUCCUGUGCCCCCCACCCAGCCACAGGGCCCCCCAUGCCACCCCCUCUGUGACUGCCAUAGAGAAUGGCUAUGGGGCUGGCCCCUUCCUGU